AUGUCUCCAGUACCUCCUGCUCCAGGAAUUUACACUCCAGUACCAACAUUCUUUAAGAACGACGGUUAUACCAUCGAUUUCGACGCUAAUGUCAAGCAUGCGAAGUUUUUGAAAGACAACGGUAUUGCUGGUUUAGUUAUCAUGGGUUCCACCGGUGAAGGUGUCCAUUUGACUAAAGAGGAGAGAGCUGCAACUAUAAAAGCUGUUCAUGACGCUCUUCCAGAUUUCCCCAUCAUUGGUGGUGUGGUUCAAAACAGUGUACAAGAUGCCCUGGAUGAGAUCGAUUCCAUCAAAGCUGCAGGAGCCACCCAUGCUGUAGUCCUUUCAAGUAAUUACUACGGUGCUGGUAUCAAGCAACAAGGUAUCAUUGACUGGUUUACUGCCGUUGCAGACAAAGCUUCUCUCCCAAUUUUGGUGUACGUUUACCCAGGAGUUUCCAAUAACUUGUUCACCGACCCUGCCACAGUAAUCAAGCUAUCUGGGCACCCAAACAUUGUUGGCACUAAAAUUUCACACGGUGACGUAUCCCAUCACACAAUAAUUGCCACUGAUAAGAAUGUCCAGCAGAAUAACUUCAACACUUUUACUGGCCUUGGACAAUUGCUAGUUCCAACUCUUACCAUCGGCUGUAAAGGAACCAUCGAUGCUCUUUCUGGUGCCUUUCCUAAAAUUUACGUUAAAAUCUUUCAAUUGGUGCAGGACGGCAAGAUUGAGGAGGCAGUAAAACUGCAGAACACUGUAUCUAGAGGCGAGGAGAUCGUGGUUAAUUUUGGCGUCAUUGGAAUCAAGAAGGCUAUUCAUUUGGGAGCCGGAAUAGGUGAAAACUAUCUAGGUAGGGCCCCAUUGAACCAGGAUUUGCCUGCUGGAGCUUGGGAAAACUUGGAGCACUACUUCAAGGAGAUUCAAGCUGUUGAAAGGACUUUGUAG